AUGAAGGGGCCCUCACCCACAAGCAGCCUCCUUCUGCUACUGCUGCUGCUGACCCCAGACCCUGGAGCAGCACUGCUACUGUCACCCAGCAUUACCUGCUGUACUCAGCUCUACCGCCAGCCACUCUCGAACAAGCUACUAAGGAAAGUCAUCCGGGUGGAACUGCAGGAAGCUGAUGGGGACUGUCACCUCCAGGCCUUCGUGCUUCACUUGUCUCGACGCAGUGUCUGCAUCCAUCCUCAGAACCGCAGCCUGGCUCGGUGGUUUGAGCGCCAAGGGAGGAGAUUCCAGGGUAUUCUGCCUAACCUGAAUUUGGAGCUGAUAGGGAAAAUGGACCAGGGGCCCUAA